AUGCAGCGCCGCCGUGUCUCCGCCGUGUCGAAUCUGACCCUCUUCUGCUUCUUGGCUUUGACACUCGUAAUGUUGUCGGGCGCGGCGGAGGGACAACCUCAGCACCAUCUCCCGGACCUACAUUGGUAUCCUGGAACCGCCACCUGGUACGGCGACCCCGAAGGGGACGGCAGCACCGGAGGGGCAUGUGGGUAUGGUAAUUUGGUGGAUGUGAAGCCGUUGAGGGCUCGGGUAGGUGCGGUGGGUCCGGUGCUGUUCAUGAACGGUGAAGGGUGCGGUGCGUGCUAUAAGGUGAAGUGUUUGGAUAAAAGCAUAUGUUCUAGGCGAGCCGUGACGGUGAUCAUAACAGAUGAAUGUCCAGGGUGCCCUUCAGACCAAACCCACUUUGACCUGAGUGGUUCUGCAUUUGGACGCAUGGCUAUAGCCGGAGAGAAUGGUCCACUCAGGAACCGUGGUCAAAUCCCAGUCAUUUACCGAAGAACCCCAUGUAAAUAUCCGGGAAGAAAAAUUGCCUUCCAUGUUAAUGAAGGUUCCACACCAUUUUGGCUAUCACUUCUGGUUGAGUUUGAGGAUGCCGAGGGAGAUAUCGGCUCCAUGCAUAUACGAGAAACAGGGUCUAGUGAGUGGCUGCAGAUGAAUCAUGUGUGGGGUGCAAAUUGGUGCAUUAUUGGGGGACCUUUAAGGGGACCAUUCUCUGUGAAACUGAGCUCCUCCUCUGGGAGGAGCCUCUCUGCAAGAGAUGUUAUUCCUAGCAAUUGGGUUUCAAAGGCCACUUACACCUCUCGCCUAAAUUUCUACCCUUAACACAGCCUUUGCAACUGGUACAAGCACCAGUACAUGGUACACCCAAGGAUCCUUCCCAUAGAGGGUAAUUAA